GUCUUGAGUUGACACACUGAAGGUGGAAGCAUCUGAACUGGUUUCCAGCCUGGCUGCCGGCUAUGGCAGAAGUUGAGGAAACUCUAAAGAGAAUUCAAAACCAUAAAGGAGUUAUUGGAACAAUGGUUGUUAAUGCUGAAGGCAUUCCCAUCAGAACAACCUUAGAUAAUUCUACAACAGUUCAGUAUGCAGGUCUUCUUCAUCAGUUGACUAUGAAGGCCAAGAGUACAGUGCGAGAUAUUGAUCCUCAGAAUGACCUAACUUUUCUUAGAAUCAGAUCAAAGAAGCAUGAAGUCAUGGUAGCUCCAGAUAAGGAAUAUCUUCUGAUUGUCAUUCAGAACCCAACUGAAUAAACCUGAUGGCAAAUUUAAUAAUAAUGAACUUAUAUACUGC